CGCGGGAAAAGGUUUCUUUUACUGUCGGAAAGUAGAGCGAUGGUCAUGGGCGACGUGACUGUCUCGAGUUCCGAGGGCUCGGACGAGUACGUGGACGGAUCGAUCUACCGCGUUAAGUUGCACAAUUUCUUGACCUACUCGGAUGCUGAGUUCUACCCUGGCCCACGUCUGAAUCUGAUCCUGGGACCUAACGGCACAGGCAAGAGUUCCAUCGUCUGCGCACUCUGUGUCGGUUUGGCCGGCAGCACCAAGCUACUCGGUCGAGCCGACAAGGUUGGCCAGUUUGUACGCCACGAGAAAGAGAGCGGUUAUACGGAGAUUGAGCUGUUCUUCGAACGUGGUAAUAAAGUCAUCAGACGCAACAUCUUUCGGGACAAUAAGAGCACGUGGCAGGUCAAUGGCAAAGACUCGACGCUCAAGAACGUGGCGGGUAUCAUGGAGGUCGCCCAUAUCCAGAUCGACAACUUGUGCCAGUUUCUACCGCAGGAUAAAGUGGGUGAGUUCUCUCGGAUGAAUGCUGUGCAGCUACUCAAGGCUACAGAGAACGCCAUCACGGACAGUGACUUGGCUGCUAAACAUGAGGAGAUUAUUGAGCUGCAACACAGCAUGUCGGACAAAGGAAGGGAACUAGAACAUGCACGUGCAGCGUUGGAGCUCAAGAAGAGUGAGAACGCUCAGAGACAGAAAGAGGUGGAGCGUAUUGAAGACUACGAAGCACGCAUUGAAGAGACUGCUGUGAUGGAGAAAAAGUGUUUGUGGCUUGAGUUUGAAAAGGCAAAAGCCGAAGUUGAGGAGCUCAAGGAGGAGAAAAUACGCUGCAGAGAAGCAAUUAAGAAAGAGCGCAAAGAGAAAAUCGAUCCUCUGGUGGACCUCUUAAAGAAAGAGCAGAUUAAACUGGAUGACGUGAAGGCUGAAAAAACCGAGGUGGACAGUGAGAAAAGGCAACUUGUUGACAGGAUUCGGCAGGAGAAAAACCACAUUGAAUCGAUGGAAGGCGCCCAAAUCCAAACAUUGUCCGAUGUCAAGGAACUGCGUAACCAACACAACUCCACUCGCCGAAAACUUGAGCGCUUGGAACGCGAUGUAGCGGAGUGGCGAAAGGAACGCGAGGGGAUGCCUAAUGAUGAUGAUCUUAAAGAACAAAAGGAACAAUUGGAAAGGCAACAGCGCGCAAAAGAUAUGGAGGAAACGGAAAUCCGCAGCAAGAGAGAAGCACUUUCUCGUGAGCUAGCCUACGUUGAUAGUGAGCGCAGGAAAGUGACCAGUAAGCUCGAGAAACUUGACAACGAGGAUGUACAGCGACGUCUGGCUCUCCAGAGGGCUGAUCCUGACUGUGUCUACGCUGCUGACUGGGCGAAGAAUAACCAGCAUCGGCUGAAGCGGAAAGUGUGGGGCCCUAUUGCACUCGAGAUGAAACUCAACGAAACGAUGCACGCCAAGUACGUUGAAGAUACUCUACCGAAAUGGCUUCUGGGAGCAUUAGUUGCCGAGUGCUACGAUGAUUACAACACAAUUCUCCGCGAGGUGAAUAACGGCAAUUCUGAUCGCCGCGUCAAAGCUUCCAUUGUGAUCGUGGAAAAUGGCACAUGUCAUGCUGUUCAUCGACCAUUCUCGAUACAGCAGAUGGACGACUAUCGCCAAAGAUAUGGCAUCAAAGGCUUCUUGGAUGAGCUGGUGACUGCACCUGACAUCGUUCACGAGGCUCUUCGGGCCCACGGCGGUCUCCACACGGUUAUGGUUGGUUCCCAGCAGACGGAAGAUAUCAUUAACAGAGGUGGACAGAUCUUCAAUGACAUCGCAUCAUCAGAACGGAAGUCAGCCUUCGUCACUCCGUACAAGAAAUACGUUACCUCAGUUUCGAAGUACGGCAACCGUAACGUGACAACACGUACAAAUGACCUUCUGAACCCUCGUUUGCUUGCGGCGUCAACUUCGAACGAGGACGAGAAAUCUGAAAUGAAAAACAUUCUGCACGAGUUGGAAGCCAGGGAGCGAAGAAUCCAAGACGAGAUUACUGAUCUUAAAGCUCAGGAGAAACAGUAUGCCGAAGAGAAGCGAAAAGUACAGCAUCGCAUCACUGAAAUUCGCUCUCAGCGGAAGACGAUCAUCCGCUUGGAUGAUAAGAUUACGGAGGGUGAUAACAAGAUUUAUUCACUGAAGAGUGAGCUGGCACAAGAUGUCUCAGCUAAGGAGGAGGCAUUGACGCGAAAGCUGAGAAAUCAGGCAUCGAAGCAAGCCCAGCAGAUCAAGAAUUGUUUGCAGCUUUCAAAGGAUCUGUUCAGGGCUAGUGCUCGUGAGGCAUGCCUAGCGCUGCAGCUCGGCACACAACAAGUUCGAGUGGAUUUCACUCAAAAACACUUGAAGCAAAUGGAGACCACUCUUCGGUAAAGUAUCAUGGGCUUGUUGCCAUGCAUUCUUCGCGAGUUGUUGUGUUCUGACUCGACGUUGAUUUUUUUCUAGGAAACUCAAGGAAGCCCACCAGCUUGCAAAAGACAAUCUGUUGACUGUAGCGAGGAAGGCGAUGGACGUGAAGCGCAAAGCAGAGGAAGAGGCUCCGUGGGAUGACUACGAAGAGCGCUUUAGCCACCUUCCAGACGAUUUGGAUGAGUUGCUUGGCAAGAUUGAAAACAACAAGGCAGCUCUUGAAUGCUUCCGUGGUGAUAGAACUAUUCGCGAACUUUAUGAACGCGUGUGCAAAGAAAUUCGGGACGAUGAAGCCCACCUGUCUGAUCUGGAAAGUUUCGUCACCCAUGGCGAAGACACUAUCAACGGAAUCAAGGUGGGUUUUAUACAAUGGAAUGAAGAGGUUUCACUCGUCUUACGCGUCCUGCUACGUUUGGGUCGUGAUCAACAGGGAAAAUGGCAUGCCGAUCUCAAAGAAGUGGUGGAACAAAUCGACACUUCUUUCAGGGAAUUCUUCAAGGACAUCGGUUGUGUCGGUGAAAUUCUGCUGGAUGAUGCAGACCCAGAUGUCGCGAAAUGGGGCAUCCAGCGCCGCGCCCAGUUCCGCAAGAAUACAAAACUAUCGACUAUGACAGCUGAGGAACAAUCUGGAGGAGUACGUGGUUCAUCUUUGAGGCUGUUGAUAUUUAGCCAGCUAACAACUCGUUCUUAAGGAAAAAUCUGUCGGAACUAUCAUGUACCUGAUGGCUCUCCAAAGCCUCACCAAGUGCCCAUUCCGAGUGGUGGAUGAGAUCAACCAGGGCAUGGAUGUGUACAACGAGCGCAAGGUAUUCCAGCGCAUCACCAAGUCAGCAUGUGGUAGCAAGCUGCCCCAGUACUUCCUCAUCACACCGAAGCUCAUUACUGGGCUUACUUAUCACCGCGACACGAAAGUCAUGGUCAUUCUCAACGGCCCAUACAACAAUAUUCGGCAAGAGUUGUGGGAUCCUGACCGGUUCAUCGCCUGCGGAAAACAAGGCAAGCGUAAGGGCGGUGUAGUCAACGGCUCUGCCAAGAAGCGUAUUCGCGCAUAAGCUUAUUGACUACGGCGAGCAGACGUGUCACUUUGAGUCCAUGGCCCAGCGAGAUGUUGCAUGGUGCGGAGCAUUAUAAUAGUCGAUUGUUUUUUUCAUGCCUACG